AUGCUCACAUUGUUCCAUCCCCAACAUGCUGCAAACAUGCUACAUGCCACUCAUUCUGCUCCUAUUGAAAAUACUAAUUCUGAUGUAUCUUCCAUGACUAAUGAGUUGUUUCAUGAGUUCCUAGCAUUUAAAAGAUCUCAGGAGACAAAAUCUAUAUCAGAACCCAUUCAAACUCCUAUUGUGGCCACUGCUUAUCCUAUUCUCCAAAUUUACCUCCACCAGCUUCUACAAACAUACCCUCCAUCAUUACUAAUAUUCCAAAUAAUUCCAAUCACUCAGUACCUAUCAACAAUGAACCAAGUCAUUCUCCAAGAAGAAGAUCUCAAAGAACUACAAGGCCACCUGCCUACCUUAAUAUAUAUCACCAUGCCUUACCAUCUUCUAAUUCUACCACAGUUUCUUCUUCAGACUGCACACCUGGAACAUCAAAACAUCCCAUUGCAUCAUACUUAU